GGAGAGUCGUUCUCAGCCUCGUGGCACGGGUGUCGCUCUCUGCUUCGCUCUGCUGUGCCGGUAUGAGACUCCUGGGGCCACGCCGGGGCCUUGGGGCCCUGUUGGUGGUGUCCACGCUGCACUGGGCAACAGGCUUGGUGGGGAGCAGCUGUCAGACGACGCCAGAGCUGCAAUGCAACUUCUAUUGCAACUGCCUGGACUGCAGCGAUGAGCAGAACUGCGGCUAUGGGGGGCGGGGCUUCAUCUGCGAUUUCGAGGAGGCGGCGGCCUGCGGUUGGCGGGAUGCAUCGGAGCCGGGCGUUUAUUCCUGGGAAAGGAGACAGCGGGGGGACAGGCUGCCGGAGAGCGGCCCCUCCUCUGACUUCACCGUGGGAACUUCUGCAGGUUGGUUCAUGGCCGUGUCGGCUGUGGAUGGGCAGUCUGCCCCGACGGCCUCGUUGGUGUCCCCGGUGAUGAGAAACGCCUCCGCGACGUGCAGGGUGAUCCUCCGCUACUACAUCUGGGACUCCGGGAAUCAGGGGCUGGACAGCUUGGCGCUGUGGGGCACAGUGGUGAGGGAGGGGCGUCCGAAUGCCACGGUCUGGCGGCCCGCCGUGACCAGUGUGCGGGGCUGGCGGGAGUCCACUGUCUUCCUGGGCCGCAUUCCAGGGCCCUUCCAGCUCCACUUCCGUUCUCAGCGCCGCUGGGGCCUCCGGGGGGACGUGGCCAUUGACCAGCUGGAGUUCCAGGACUGCGCCCCGCCCGCACCGGAAAAGGCGUGUGGCGUGAACUCGCUGAGGUGUGGGCCUGUCGGCUGCGUGGAGGCGGCGCAGGUGUGCGACGGCACCGACGACUGUGGCGAUGGCAGCGACGAGGCCAACUGUGAUGGACACUGGAGAUGCGACUUUGAGCUGGACUUAUGCAACUGGGCGGACCUGCGAACAUUGUCCACCCUUAAAUUCCAGAGGACCAGUCAGCUGGAGCUCUCGGAGCCCAAUAACCCAAAGGCUGGACCAGGCCGAGACCACACCACAAACUCGGAGACGGGUCACUUCCUGUAUCUCAGUAAACCGGCCAAUGGAGAGCCGCUGAAGGCUGAUUGGUCAUCCUUUCAAAGUCCUGUUUUUGAACCAACAAAUUCCACUCAUCCAUGCCGGAUGACCCUGUACACCCACCAGUUUGGCCCCAGAUCUGGGGGCCUGUCGAUUCUGGUGGUGACCAGUGGGGCCAUGUACCCCGUGUGGGAGCGAGGAGGGGAGCUGGGAGAUGUGUGGGUGAAGGCAGAGGUGGAGUUUGUCACGAACAGCAGCUUCCAGAUCUUGUUUGUUGGAGCAAUUAGGGAUAACGACUAUGGAGGCAUCGCUAUAGAUGACAUCAUCAUGUCCCCAGACUGCCGCAGAGUCAAUGAGUCAUCUCCAAGUGUUGGCCACCCCGACCCUCCGAAACACCCCUGUACCCAGAGCAGCAAGCUGUGUGACUUUAGGAGUGACUGUGACAGCGCGGAGGAUGAAAGCAGCUGUGGAGACUUCUCCUUUCCUGAUGGGAGCAAAGGCUGGACUGAUGCCAGUUUGGGGGGACAGGGCUGGGCGCUAUAUCAGAAACACAAUGGAAGCUUUAUGGUAGAGUACCUCUACGUGACGGAGGCCCCAGGCCAGCAGCUCACGGCUGCCCAGGCCCGCACUCCUGCCCUGGGGCCAUCGGGGGCUGCCUGCAGACUCCGCUGGUCAUACAGCCUGACUGAUAUGGGUGAGUUGUCACUCAGCAUGAUAGACAAGGUGCAGGGUACACAGGCCCAGCUGUGGAAAUUCAUAGGAAUGACAGAUGAAGCCCCGGGCGGCUGGGUGGAGGGGGAGAUCUACGUUGGAGCUCGGGACCACCGCUUCCAGCUGGAACUGGGAGGUCUUGCUAGGAACAUCCACAACAGCACCAGGAUAGCAGUGAAGGAUGUGCAAUAUGUGGAUUGUCACCCAGAAUACUUUCCAGCCACCAACAGCGACCUGUCUUGUAAUUUUGAGGAGAACCUUUGUGGGUGGUACCAGGACCAGAUGGACAACUUUGAUUGGACCCUCCUCUCUGGGAUGGACCACACCAUUGGAAUUGGGAGAAGUCUGGUUGUCGAUGUGUGGAACUCCACCCUGCGGGGACUGUCAGCUCGCCUUCUUUCGCUCCCCCAGCUAUACACCUCCACAGAAUUCUGUGUCUCCUUCUACUACAAGCUAUACGGCCCUCAAACAGGCACUCUGAACGUGAGGGUUCGCUAUCCUGAUGGCUCUGAGGUCCUCCACUGGACGAGCAGUGGUUCCCAAGGCAACAGCUGGCAUCAAGGCCUAUGCCCGAUCCCUCAGCAGAACACUGGCUUCCAGCUGGUGUUUGAGGCUCUGCGCUCCGGGUUCGAUGGGAGAAUAGCGAUCGACGACGUGGCAGUGAUGAAUCGUCCUUGCACGACCCCAUCCAGAUGCUCCUUUGAAGGCAGCAUGUGCGGCUACACAUCCGUCGGUGCUGCCCACUGGGUCCAGCAAAACGGGGCCUACGGAGGGGUGCAGCCUGCACCUACCACUGAUCAUAGCCUAGAGACCGGAAAAGGUUACUACAUGAUUGCGGACACUAGCCGGGAAGUCCUUCGCUUGGGGGACGUGACGCUGCUCACCUCUCCAGUGCGAAAUAGUGCCCCCUUUCCCGAGUGUGUUGAAUUCUGGUAUUACAUGAAUGGAGACCGACCAGGCAUCCUGAGCAUCUAUAUGAAGCCACUUGACGGGGAUCUAGUGAAGGUGUUCUCUCAGAACGUGAGUCCGGGAGACGUCUGGCGUCGUGGCAACUGCAGCAUCAGCAGCACUGGACCCUGGCAGCUGGUGAUGGAAGCGAAGGGAGCAGGCGGUGCAGAGGCUCGCAUUGCUGUCGAUGACAUCAGCUUCACUCCUUAUGGCUGCCCCAGUCCAGAUGCAAAGUGUAAUCUGGAGAAUGGUCUUUGUGGCUGGGCCAACACUGAGAACCCAGCCCUGGACCUUCUGGACUGGGAGCUGAGCAGCUCUGCCGCAGAGACCCAGUAUUCCACCCCGCCCUAUGACCAUUCGCUGGAGACAGAGCGAGGUCACUUCCUGUUCCUUCCCAGCAGCCCCCGGGGCACUGCGGGCCAGAACGCCUCGCUGCUCAGCCCUCACCUGCCCCCAGCCUCAGCCAACUGCCUGCGCUUUUGGGUGCACCGGCCCUCCUCCAGCGACGCCGAGCUCCAUGUGUGGAGGCGGACUGGGGGCCUGUUCAUCAAGCUGCUGACCGUGGGUGAAGUUGGUGAGACUUGGAGGCGCUGUGACAUAAACAUCUCCUCCACAGUGGAAUUCCAGAUUGUGUUUGAGGGGAUCAGCGGCACCAAUGGUGUCGUGGCCCUAGACGAUAUCGAGUACCACGUGGGUGUCGACUGCAAUGGCCAAAAGAAGGACUCACAAGCUUCCCACGACCUUGAAAAGCAGGGGCCCAUCGUGGCAUCGGUGCUCCUUCUGCUGCUGUUCGUGGCCCUUGGCACUGGGACGGUGGUUUACCUGCAAAAGAAGGGGAUGCUGAGUGGAGCUACCAUGGAGAGGAAUGAGGCGAACUUCACCAACGUGCUGUAUGAGGUGACGGAGGAUGGUCCAGCAGUCCGCAUGCAAACAUAAAUGAAACAAGGCCUCCUUCUGGUAGCACCUCCAUUUAAUGGCAACAUCACAGGAGAACUGCUGGUCAGAUUCCAUGCAGUCCUAUCCACAUACCCACAGACUCACACUACAGCUAGAGACGUCUCUUCUCUACCAGAGACAAACUACAAGAUGUUUAUGAGAUAUUCUCCGUGCAAUGGGGUCAAGAUGCGAACACCAUCACAGACAGACAUCAUCCUGCCAUUAUCAUCCUACACCAGACCAGGUGGAUCUCUGUGGUGGUCCUGGAUGGAUCCCUCACCCUGGAGGGCGCCCCUCAGUGGCCUGUCCUGGUAUCUAAAGAAGGAUUUUUAUCAAUGUGUCUCUGUCAAGAUAAACAACAUAAACAACAUAAACUCUGUCACCAGUUACUCUCCUCUCCAUGUUCUUGCUAUUUCCAGUCACAGGAUAAUUGUAGAUCGCUCAUGGAUUAUGCAGUCUGUCUGAUUGUGGACAUAAUUUAUUGAGUAUAUAGAUACUUUGGGGCCUUCUUGUCAGGAUUCGAACCUGCGACUUUCCAAAAAUGUAAUUUCAGUAUGUAUUUUGUUUCUGAUUUGGUGACUUUUUAAAUCCACAUGAGAACAGAAUGGCAGCGAAUAGAAAUUCUCUUACUAGCCAAUCACAUUGGCCCAUCACUUAAUAGCCAAUCAGGUAGGCCUUACUAACCAAUCAUGUGAGAAACAGAGGCAGCUGGAAAGAGAUUAGCACUUGUCAGUGGAGGAUAUGCUUAAUUAAUUCACCUGCAAAAAAUGUGAACAGGUGUGGUUUGAAUGCAGAUGGAGGGACAACAGCAUCUGUGUUUUUGUUAGUGUGUCACGCGUUGACUUUAUUAAAUGAACAAUUUAAAUUAUUAAAUGAAGACUGCUACUGUUGACUUGUGUAGAUUCAUGUGUAGCUUGUCAUGUUGUACUGUGAGAAUGAGGGACCAGG